AUGUCGACCGCUCGGGUUGUAGUUCUCACCUUUCUUUUUCUAUCAUCUGUCGAUGCAGCGGAUUAUAAUCCGAUUGUUGAUUGCUUUAAGUUAGUUGGAAAUGAUAACAAAAAAAGGCCAUCAAUUCCGCCCAACGCUUGCCAUGAUACUGAUUUAGGUCUUUGCUACGAAUUAUUCAAACUGGAUCAAGGCACAAUUCAAAACAAUUUAGUAGAGUAA